CACCACCAGAGGGAACUAAAGCCUUGCUAAACACUUCCUGGGUUUUUUUUUAGUCUUUGCACAACUUGAAUUCAACCAAGCAUGGCUAAGAUGGCGAAUGGACAGCUGUCAAGGGCCGAGGCGUUGGCGUGCUCAGGUUGCAGACACGCGUGUCAUGUGAUGCUCUACGCUGACACCAAAAGUCAGCUUUUUGGGAGAAUUCCCAUCAGGCAUAUUAUACUGAUGCAGAUGCGCUUUGACGGUCUGCUGGGUUUCCCUGGCGGUUUUGUAAACCAAUCACAAGAAAGCCUGGAGGCCGGGCUUUGCAGGGAAUUAGAGGAGGAGGUGGGUGUAGCUAUCGCCAUAUCAGAAGACGAUCAUAUGGAUGCUCGGCAUGCCCCCGGUACCUCCCCCUCGUCACCACGUCUCAUCACUCACUUCUACGUGAAGAAGCUGGAGGAGGAGCAGAUAAGGGAGGUGGAGAAAGCGUCUGCAGCCACGGCAACAGAUCACGGGCAAGAGGUUCUGGGCAUGGUCCGGGUUCCGCUAUACACCACAAAGGGCGGGGGAGGCCUCUCAUUAUUUCUGUCGCACGCAUUCAUUGGGAAUGCUCGUUUCCAGCUGGUGGACACUUUGCUGCGUCUCAACCUCGUCGCCCCUGAGGACCUACGCAAAGCCCUCAAGCACUCGUUGAAGAUACACGCGUGCAGUGCUGCGGACCUGCAGGCGAUGCUCGCACUGACGGAGGCCGAGAGGGACCAGUCUUAAAUCAUGGUUACUCAAGACGGGUGUAGAAAUGUAAAACGAUAAAAUACAUUUUCCUGUGAAAGUACAUGAAUGAGGUUGUUUUAAUUAAUGAGGUUGUUAUUUAUUUAUUUAUAAACAGGAAGUUGAACUAGCUGGUCCCAAUUUUUGCAGCUACAAUGUUAAAGUAAUGCAGUUCCACCUGUCAGUGGAACGGUGUCCCCCAAGGGUGUGUUCUCUCCCCACUGCUCUUCACCCUCUUUACUAAUGACUGCACCUCAGGGGACUCUUCUCUGAAACUCCUAAAGGUUGCAGACGACACGACGGUUAUCAGUCUCAUCCGGGAUGGCGAGGAGUCUACAUAACUAAAUGGUUCUCCAGUGUGGUCAGAACACUUUGGAACCCAUUCAAGACUGUGAAGACCACUCACAUCCCCAGACAUAAGCUCUUAAAACUACUCCCCUCGGGUAAGUCCUAAAGGAUGUGUCAAAAAAAAAUCCCUUGAAUGUACAUAAAUUCUGUUUAUUUUUUAAUGUAAAUACAGUUUUUUUUGUAUAAAUGCAGUUGAUGUCCCAGAAUUAUUAUAUUUUGCCACAAAGACUCAAAAACAUGUUUGUCUUGUGCUGGAAGACACAGCCAUCUCAAUGAGAGCGGACAUUGUAAGUAAAACAUAAACUCCUGGGCUUGUAUGUGAAAUGAAGGCGCUAGGGAAGAAGUUUUGUUUUAAAUAGAAUUAUUAAGUAAUUAGAUUAGUGGCGUCAUUAGGCCUAUUUUAGGGGGGCUUCAUAUAUUUUUUGAUG